AAGAUACUGAGGAACAAACAGGAGUUGCCCGCGCGGUUACAAACUUCAGUGUCAUUCAGGAAUUUCAGAAAGACGGAUCUACGCUACUACCUACUCCGACACAAACAUCAAUACCAGUGAAAUGAACAAUGCUGUCUACUCAGCUCUUCUAUGGAAAGAGGUCGACUGCUGUUGUGCCAGCUGACCCCGCUAUCAGUGAUGAUGAGGGCUCUGACGAUGUGGCAGACCCCGACUUCAUCCCACUUACCGACGAGUGCCCGAGUGACAUGGGCCCCUCUGCCAAGAGGAAGUGUGUGUGGCCUGCAGUGGAGGAGCUUGCGGAUGAGGAUGACGACAAUGAAGAGGAGGAGGACGAAGACCAGCCAGCACCACAAGCCAAGGGCCGAACAAAGAAGGGGAGGCCAACCACCUGGAAGAAGGUUGACCUGGACAACCAAAACCUGCCUGAGUACCAGCACGUUCCCCCUGACUUAAUUGAGACUCCAUAUAAUUACUUCAGUAAGUACUUCAGCCCCCAUGCCAUCAAGCAUAUAACAUACUAAACCAACUUAUAUGCAACCCAGAAUGACGUCAACACCACCUUCACCACCACUGAAGAUGAGGUGAGGACCUUUGUGGCCAUCCUGCUCUAAAUGGGGAUUGCUGAGCUGCCCUUCAUUGAUGACUACUGGGCAAUGGAGACCAGGGUCCCUCAAGUUGCAAACCUCAUGUCAUCUAAGAGGUUCAGGCUGAUGAGAAGGCUUGUCCGCUUUAAUGACAACACCC